AUGGAUUGUUAUUAUCUUCGUUCUUUGAGUUUCCCAUCCAAAUCUCACCCAAUUGUUGAACAAUUUGAUGAACAAUUGUGUCGAUUGAGGUCUUCUCUAGCUGCUUCUUCUUCAUCGUCGCUAAACCAAACACUAGCAAACCUUAAAGAUUUGUACAGAAGUGUUGAUGAGUUGCUUCAACUUCCACUUAAUCAACAAGCCGUGUCACAACGAUCAAAGUGGACCGAGGAAGUCUUGGAUGGUUCGAUAAGGCUUCUUGACAUUUGUGGAACAUCGAGGGAUGUAUUGGUACAAUCGAGGGAACGCCUCCAAGACAUACAAUCCGUGUUAAGGAGAAGGUGCAACGGUGAACUUAACAUUAGCAAUGAAGUUAUUCAAUACUUGAACACUCGAAAGACUGCCAAGAAAUUGAUCAAAAAGUGCUUGAAAAAUAUUGAAGUCGAGCAAACUUAUGUCGAUGUCAAUGCCAUCGGAAGCAUGUUCAAAGAUGUAGAGGCAAUCACAGUCGAUAUUUUUAAGACAAUGUUGUCCUACAUCGGUGGUGCAAAAGUGGAGUCGCCAAAGAGUAAAUGGUCUAUGGUUUCCAAGUUGAUGCACAAGGGUGGCUCCAAGGAAGCAUCGACAACAAAAAGUGAAUUCGAUGUUGUCGAUGCUACUCUCGAGGCAAUUGUAAGCCUAAAGAACACUAGUGAUUUAGAGAAUUUGAGGAGCCAGAUGACGAAAUUGGACUCUGAAAUUCUAAUUCUCGAUGAAGCCUUAGAAUCCUUGUUUAGGCAUUUAGUUAAGACUAGAUCAACUUUUCUCAACAUUCUGAGUAAUUAAGACAGAAUGCAAA